UUAGAGGGGGAACACCAAGUGAGCAGGGAAGGGAGCCUCUUAGCCCCAGCUAGAGGCCUGAGAGAUGGAGAGCGCCCACUACGACCCGGCUCCAGCCGCAGCCGAGAGCUACUUCGGCUCUGAAGAGGAGACUGAAGAGCUGGAGACUGAGGAGGAGUCCGAAGGAGAGGAAGAAACCACCGCCGAGACUGAGGAAGAGCUGGACAGCAGCAGGUUAACAGACCAGAAUGAAGAGGACAAGAUCAAGCAGGAGUGCAUUAUAUCUGACCCCUCCUUUUCCAUGGUCACAGUUCAACGUGAAGAUAGUGGAAUAACCUGGGAGACCAGCUCUAGUAGAUCCUCCACUCCCUGGGCCUCAGAAAGUAGUUUAACUUCUGAUAUGUAUAGUUUGGAAGGGUCAACAGUAAGUUCCCCUCCAGGGAACAUUUCUUUUAUCUUAGAUGAAGGUAAGAAGGUUCGGAAGAGAACCCAUAAGUCAUCAUCAAAGCAUGGCUCCCCAGCUUUGCGUCGGAAAGGAGGCAAAAAGAGACACUCCUUGGAAGGCCAGGCAGAUGUUCCAGUCAAUGCAAAAGACAAAGCUCUAAUUUCAGAUGGAAAGUUACCUGGCACAGAACAAGAGAAAUCAUCUAUUGGUACUUAUGACAAAGCCAGAAAAAAGAAGACCACCUCAAACACACCCCCUAUCACUGGGGCAAUAUACAAAGAACACAAGCCAUUAGUAUUAAGACCAGUUUACAUAGGAACAGUACAAUAUAAAAUUAAGAUGUUUAAUUCAGUGAAAGAAGAAAUAAUUCCCCUCCAAUUUUAUGGAACAUUGCCAAAGGGUUAUGUAAUUAAGGAAAUAAAUUACAGAAAGGGGAAAGAUGCAUCUAUUACUUUAGAACCAGAUCUAGGAAAUCAGGACUCUAGCAUAUCUUCCAAAGCAAACAAAUCAAUGACCCAAAUUACAGAGAGUAAUAAAGAAAAGCAGCUUUCCCCACCCUGGAGAGAAAAAAUGUCUAGAGAGUCCAGGCCAAUGCCAUCAUUUCUUAGGGAUGUAGAACAGCCAAAGGAUAUUGACUCAUAUUCACCCCUAAAUGCAGCUGCAGCAUCUGGGCUCAAACAUACUGCCCCCUCAUAUUCUAGUAAUGAAGUUGUGGAGUCUCAGAGUUUCCCAUCAUCACUUUCAACACUUCCAGUUGAAGAAGCACCAAUGCAUAAAAUACAAAUGGAUUCUACAGAUGCUGCAGCAUUGGAAUUGGUAUCCCCCAAAAUGGUGAGGGAAGAAUUGACAGCUGAGACACAAAAAGCUGAAGCCUCCUCACCCAUGAUUUCAGCUUCACCAUCUUUUGUGGAUGAGGUUGGGGAAGAAGAAAGAGAAUCUGAUUUAUUGGCAACUGCUACCACAUCUAUUUCUGAGAAUCUCACUUUGUCUAAGGCAGAGGAGGAAGCCUUGGAGUUAGAUUCACAAGUCACUAGAGUGUCUGCCCCAGAACCUUUUGAUACAAAUGUAGAAAACCAGGGGCAGUCUUCCCAAGAAAAAGAAGAACUUGUUUCUCUAACUGGUGAAGAGGAGAUGGAAGAGACUGAGCCUGAGUCAUCAGUUUCUUUCUCUAAACCUUCAGCUGUGGGAGAAAUGAAAGAAGAGGAAGAUGUUUCCUUGCCAGUAACUUUAGGGCCAGAACUUGAACCCUCAUAUGCAUCAGAAGAAGAGAUCAUUGAAAUUGAUUACCCAGAAAUUUCAUCUCCCUCUGAAAAUUCCAUUCCUCCACAUUUGGUUCACGAAGAGGAGAGAGAAGAAAAUGAACCCAACUUACCGCUACUGGCCACAUCCACUUCUGAACAUGUGGCUUUAUUGGAGAAAGAGAGAAAGGAAAUUGGACCUAUUUCUCCAGAUUCAGACUUUGCAUCUGAAUUUUCAGGUCCAUCGUAUUCAACCCAUGAACUAGAGGAAAAAGAAACUAAGCCAGUGUCUCCACCAGAUAUAAUGUCAGCAUCUGAAUCUGAAAUUUUGUCAGAAGAAGAGAUUGUGCCUUAUUCUCCAGAGUUCACAUCUGUAGCUGAAUAUUCUAUGACUUCUCCUACAGCAGAAGAGGAAAGUACUGAGUGCAAGGCCUCAAUACAUUCAGCAGCUACAUCUGGACCUGCCAUCUUCUCAGAAGAAGAGACUUUAGAAAGUGAGCGUUAUACACCAGAUUCCACAUCUGCUUCUGAAUAUUCAAUUCCCCCUUAUGUAGCACAGGAAUUACAGAAGGAAGACACCAGCCAAAGGUCUCCACUAAGCCCCUUUGCUGCAGCUGAUCAUAUGAUUAUUUCUGAAGAAGAAAAAGAUGAUAUUGGACCCUAUUCUCCAGAUUCAGCAUUUGUGUCUGAAUACUCAGUUUCACCUCAUACAGUUCAAGAGUCAGAGAAAGAAGAGUUUGAACAAGAUUACCCAAUACGCUCUACAUCCCCUUCUGAGCACACUUUGACUGAAGAAGAGCAUGAUGAGACAGAACCUUUCUCACCAGACUCAGCCUCUGACAUUUCAAUCCCAGCUUACAAAACACCUGAACCAGAGAAGAAGGAGACUGAACCUGGUUCACUGCUAACUUCAAUGUCUGUCUCAGAAUAUUCCAUUUUUUCAGAAGCAGAGAAGGAAGAAAUUGAGCCCAAGACCCAAGCAGCUACAAUGUCUGCCCCGGAUCAUCCCACUCUUUCAGAGAGGCAAAAAGUUCAACAUUCCUCUAUAGAGCCAGAGUCUAAAAAUUUGAACCUGCUAUCUUCAACUGCUGAUGUAGAGAAGGAAGAAGUCAAACCUGAUGCCCAAGGAGCUACCACAUCUGUAUCUGAAUAUCUCAUUUUGUCACAGAAGCAAAAAACUGAAGGUCCCUCUCAGGUACAUGAGUCUGAACACUCACUUCCACCAUCUUCAACUGCUGAAGUAGAAAAGGAAGAAGUCAAGCCUAAUGCCAAAGGAGCUGCCACAUCUGUAUCUGAAUAUCUCAUUUUGUCACAGAAGCAAAAAAUUGAAGGUCCCUCUCAGGUACAUGAGUCUGAACACUCAAUUCCACCAUCUCCAACUGCUGACAUAGAAAAGGAAGAAGUCAAGCCUGAUGCCCAAGGAGCUGCCACAUCUGUAUCUGAAUAUCUCAUUUUGUCACAGAAGCAAAAAAUUGAAGGUCCCUCUCAGGUACUUGAGUCUGAACACUCAAUUCCACCAUCUUCAACUGCUGAUGAGGGAAAGAAGGAAGAAAUUUGGCCUCAUUCGGCAGUACCUGUAGUACCUGCUUUCAAGAAGGCAGAUUCAUCUGAGAAAGAAAAAAUUGGACCAAUUUUACCAAAAACUUCAGUAAGUAGGGCUGAAGAGUCAAUCAUAUCAGAAUCAACUCAAGAAAUGAAGAAAGAGCUAGGACCCAAACCUGUACAUGCUCAAAAGGAGACAUCUGAACAUUUGGCUUUUUCAAAAGCAAGCAAGGAAGAAAUCACACCUAACUCUCAGGUGGUUCCAUCUGAAUACCCAGUUUCAUCCCAGCAUGAAGAAAUGGAGUCUCAUUCUGCAAGGAUCCCAGAGUAUGUGACAGAACCUUCAGUUGUACCUGGGGAGUCAGGGAAGAAAGUGGGAUAUGAUUUUGUGUCAACUGAGACACCUGUUCCUCAACAGGAAACUUCAUUGAAGAAUAAGGAAAACCUGAAGGAUACUCCAAAAGCAACAUCUUUAGCUGGAUUUGGAGUUUCACAAGCAGAGACAAAGGGAAAGGUUAGCCAGGACAAAGAACAAACAGCCAUACCUGGAUCCCAGCAUCAGGUUUUAUUAGAAUCAGAAAAAGAGAAAACUCCUCAUCCCCCUGAACUGAAAUUCUCAUCUUUGUUAGAAGAAAAUAAGAAAGAAAUCAUCCCCGAUUCUUCACAAGCCAUAGCAUCAGAAUUCAGACAUCCGAGUUUGUCCAAAGUAAUCAAGGAAGAAAUCCAAUCAGGCUCACCACUUCCUGAAACAUCUGUAUCUGAUUCAGUCUUAUCAAAAGAAAGGAAAGGAGAAGUAGAUGGUCUUUUACUACCAACAGAACAUCUGGUUCUAAAUAAGAAAGAAAAGGAAGUAGGUGAAUCUGGUCCUUCCCCCAUUGAAAAAGCUGCAUCUAAGCCUCCAAUCGGAUCAGAAGUAGAUAAAGAAGAAAAUAAUUCCCACGAAUCACCACAUGAUAGAUACUCAACAGAGCAUUCAAUUUCAUCAGAAGUGAGACAAGAAGAGAAAAAGCCUGGGUCACCUGUGCCUGAGGAUUCAGUUUUAUCAAAGGUUGGAAAUGAUCAAGGGGUCCCAUCUCUGACAGUUUCUGCAGCUAAACAUUCAACUUUGUCUGAGAAGCAAACCUCUGAAUCGUCCCCUCUGGCAUCAGGGACCAGAAGUUCUGUUCCACCACACAUGGCUGUUGAAGUAGAGAAAAAAGAUACCAAACUACCUUUAUCAGAGACUACGAUAUCGGCAUCUGAGCAUAGAGUUUCAUCACAAGCAAAGGGAGAAACAAAAUAUCCCUCACAUGAAUUGGAGACUUUGGUGACAGAAGAGGUUUCCAUGAAAUCAGUAUCUCCUACAGGUGAGAGGAGCAGACAAGAGCCUGCAACUUUGAUGUCAGAGAAGGGUCAUUUGCUGACAGAAAAGCCAGUUGUGGAACCUGAGAAGGCAGUCAUGUCACCCCAUGCAAGAGAAUUAUCAGAGAGUGUAUCACAGGGCUUAGUGAGUGAACAUGAACAUGGGGAUGCAAAUCAAGAGAAAUCUCUCACACCAGAAAUAGGAAGCUCAGGGCCAGAAAGGGUAAAAUCUGAGGCUAAGACCAGGGAAGAAGGGAAGCAAGAGCACAAGGACCUUUCUUUAUCUCUCUCAGGGCCUAAGGUGAAAGAGCAGCAGGAGGUUUCUGGCCCAUCACAUGUUUGUCAGGAAAGUCUGAAUCAAGAAACAAAGCCUUUCAUCACCGAGGUGGCCAGUGGGGUGUCAGAUGAAUCAGUAGCUUCUUUUGUUAAAAAAGAAAAUCCAGAACCACAGCAAGAUCAUUUUUCAUUAAAAGAAUUAUUACAAGAGUCAAGGGACUUGGCAGACUCUAACAAAGGGGAGAAGCAAAAAACUCAUCCUUUGACCCCCAAAGGAAAUUUGGUCUCACAAAAGUCAGGGGAUAUUUUGACCAAAACGAAUGAAGACAUUGCCCAAACACAUUCAUCCCCUGUGUCAGAAAAUGUACCCGAGCCAUCCGAGAUGGACUUUUCUGAUCUUUCUGAGGGCCUUGCAAAGCAAAAAACUACACUAUGCCCAGAUGAUAUUGUUAAUUUACCUGACCUGUCAAAACAGGAUAUUGCUACUAAGUCACAUUCAUUUGAAGAAGCAAAUUUGCCUUUGGAAGAGUCCAAAUCUGUUGUGACAAUGGAACGUAGAGAUGUUAAGGAAGCAAAAGAGUCCCUCCCUUUGCCAAAAGAACAACACAUUUGGGUCCCAGGAGAACCAAGCCAAGAGCUGACUGGCCCUAAGGAGGAAAGAUUGCUGGAGACAGGGCAACUAUAUUCCUCUGCCACAGAUGGAAGAUUGUUGGGAGAGCUAACAUCUGCUCCAUCUGAGAAGAAACGAAUUUAUAAAUAUGUACAAGAAGAAAGCCUUUACCCAGCUGAAGAAUCUGAUUUAUCAGCACAGAAACCAACAUCUCUUCUGAGCAGGACCCCUGACCAUAAGGAGAAACUGAUAACUCAAACUAACUCUUCUGAAAUAAAAGUGGCCAAAGAGCCAAAAGGUGCAGUUCAAGAUGAAAAUGUAGGUAAACCUGAAGCUAAUGGAGAGCAGAUCUCUUCAUUAGUGAGUCCUGAAAGUGGGAUAUCAGAAAAUUUAGGCGUUGAAGAAGAUGGCCAGGAAAAAUUCACAUCAACAUCUGAAAGCAUCACUAAGGUCCAAACGCGAAUCUCUGGAGACCACAUAAAGGAACAGGUAAAGCCUGAAAUUAUUCCUUCUCCAGUCAAAGCAACCAGUUGUCUGGCAGAAGAUUCAGUAACAGCCUUAGGUAAUGAAAAAGAAGAUCUGGGAAGAACACCACAUUCUUCCACAGAGAAAAGACUAUUGCAGGAAUCAAAAGUAGAUACUUCAAAGGUCGCAAAACAUGCUGAUGAAGCAGAGCAGUCAGAAACAAAGAAACCUCUGCCUGAGGCCAGAAUCUCAAUUCAAGAAAAAUCAAAACUUUCCCUAAUUCAACCUAAGGAAAUAACUGCACCACUGGAUUCCCCAGAAAUAAUCAACAAAGUGCCUGUGCAGGCUGACACUGCUGCUACAGGAGCUAUUACUGAGAGUAAAGCCAAAAAAGGAGUUUCAUCUUUCAAAUCCUGGAUGGCCAGUUUGUUUUUUGGAACUAGUGCUCCAGAAAAUGAUAUUGAUGAAAAAGAAGCUACAGAAACUCAGCAGAGCCCUGCUGCAGACACAGCUGUAUUGGGAGAUGAGGCUAAAACAACAGUUCCAGCUGCCCCUAAUGACUUUAGUGAAGCUGAGAAACCAGCAUCAUCUCCUUUAUCAAUGUCAGAAUUUUUGACUGAGAAAGAACCUACAGCCAUUUUAAUUAAAGCCAGUGAAGAAAGGGAGCUGAAAGAAACACCAUUAUCUUUACCUAACCAAGUAGAUAAGGAACCAUCCAAGUUGACUCCUUUAAGAGAUGAAAAGGUAUCACAAAAGUCAGAGCCACUACCAACUCAUCAUUUACCAGAAUCAAAACUGUUAUCUGUGGCAGAAUCUAGAACGGUUUUAACAGAAUCUGGAAAACUAAGACAGUCCAAAGAAGAGUCUAUAUUUUUAUCUGCCACAGAAGAAACUACACCAGAGAUAGCCAAACCCAUUUCUGGGAAUCUUAUUGAAGAACAUAAAACACCAGAAUAUAGGAAGGAAGAAAUGCAAUCUUUAUCAGGCAGAGGAAUUGAGAUGCCAUCAAAAGAACUAGCAAGCAUAAAAGUUACUUCUGCUCAGGGCAGGACAUAUCUUGAAAAUGAAUCAAAAGCAGACACUUCAAAGGUCGCAAAAUAUGUUGAUGAAGCCCAGCAGUCAGAAAUAAAGAAACCUCUGCCUGAGACCAGAGUAUCAAUUCAAGAAAAAGCAAAACUUUCCCUAAUUCAACCUAAGGAAAUAGCUGCACCACUGGAUUCUCCUCUUCCCGGAAAGCAAUUGGUUUCAAAAGAAGCUGAAAGUGGUGCUCCUAUUCACUUCACUGGUGAUAACAAGAUACAGAAGUCAGAAAUCUACUCUCCCUCUGAAACAAGCCAGUUAAUAGAAAAAUCAAAGAGUGUUUUAACUUAUCUUGAUGAACAGCAUGACCCAGAAAAAAAAUUGUCCUCUCCAGUGAAAGUGGAUCAAGUUAGUUGGCCACCAAAGUCAACUACAUCAGAAUUUGCAGGUAAAAGUUUCAUGAAAGAGUCAGCAAAGCUGGAAUCAAGAACUUUGACAAUGAAAGAACCACAAGGCAGAUUAAUUAAAACUGAUGGUGAUAGACCAGAGAAAGAAAUGACAGAGGCUAUGUCUUCCACAUUUUAUGAUGGCGAAUCUAAACUAAGAACUGUAAGUUCAACUGAUGAAGAAAAUGUCCCAGAACAAAAACCAUAUUGCAUCACUGAAAAAGAUGCACUGGCAGAAAAAUCAGAAAUAGUGGUCCCAUUGAUGCUCAGAGAUACAAACAAAAUAAGCAUGCCAGAGGAAUCAAGACUACAUAAAGCAGAACACCCAAAAGACUCUGUAUUUCAAUUCUGUGAAAAUAAAGAAGAUGAAGGAAUGUUGUCUAAGAUAUCUGUUGGAGCCAGUGUGGUGUCAGAGCUACCCAAGUCUACUGCUUCAGCCCCCAGUGAAAAUCAACUCUUUUCUGCAGAGAGAGGCAUGUGGGAAGAUUCAAAGCCUCAUCCAAUUCUGGGAGCCAGAGAGGUGUCUGAUGAAUCAGGGAUGAUUCUUGGAAGUUCAGUGGAUGAGAGUCAACUACUAUCAUUUGCUAAAGCAGAUUUUUUCAAGGAAUCACAAAUUGCUUCAGUGGGCUCUCCAGAAGGGCACAAAGAAAAGAGUUGUCAAUCUCCUUUGUUAGGUAAAGAAAAGGUAAUUUUGGGAAGACCUGAAGCCAUCACAGUCAAUCCUGAGGAGGAAGUCGAACAAAAAGGUAGUAGCCUUCCAGGUGAAACUAAUCUAAGGACUCAGCCAUACUCAGCAGGGAAAGCCAAUUUUGCCUCUGAAGAAUCAGGAUUCACCUUUGGUAUUUCUUAUGAUGAAACCAAGAAUCUGAAAAAUCAGACAUGUUCUUUGGCUAAAGCAAAAUCAGUCACUGGAGAAUCACAAACGGCGCUCUUGGUGGCUGGCCCAGAAAUCAAGGAAACAAAGAUUUCUGUGAUUUCAAUAUCUUCUCCAGAAGUUAAAAGGUCAGAGAUACCAGAAAUUUCACCACCAGAACUACCUGGCACAGGUCAGGCUCACCAAACAAAAGACAGGGCACCAGACUUACCUAUUCUACCCACCUUUGUCUCAAAGCAAAUUUCUGAUUCCCAGAUAAAACCUUUGGAAGAUCUUCAGGUAGAUAAACCUUACCCAUCAGCAGUUGGUGAUUCUGACCAAAGAACAUGUGAUAUGCCAUCAACUAAUAGUGAAGAAAUUUUUUCCACUGAAAGUGUAGCAAAGGAACCUGAAAAUGUUUUUGUAAAAAAUGGAGCAUUUGCAGCUCCUGUUGUGACCAGCAAGCCCCCUGGCCUCACAGAAGAUCAAAAAAAUGCAUUUAGCAUCAUCUCUGAAGGUUGUGAGAUAUUGAACAUUCAUGCUCCUGCUUUUAUUUCAUCUGUUGAUGAGGAGGAGUGUGAACAAAUGCAGGAUAAAUUAGAGUACUUGGAAGAGAAGACUUCACAGAACAUUCAGCUCUCUCAUGAUGGUAGAGAGGAGACUACAGCCCAGGAAGCUGUGAGAAAUAAAUCUCGUGUAGGUAAUUUGGAAGAAGAUGUGUCCCUGGUGAAGGGACAGAUGCAAGAGAAACCUCUUCCAGAAGAAGAGGACAUUUCCACUGACUCAGAUGUGGCCUUCAGUUCUCACAUGAUACCCAGUGAUGUGGAUUAUUUUGAAAAAUAUACUUUGAUUGACUAUAACAUCUCCCCAGAGCCACAGAAAAAGGAAUCUCUUCAGAAGCAGGAUAUUGAAGUAGAACCCCAAAAGAAAGUUCCUGAAGAAACAAUCUCUUUCUUAGAAAGUUCAGAAGCCAGGACACUAGAAUGUGAGUUUGACUUGGUGAAAUUAGAUGAAAGCUUUUAUGGAAUGGAAAAGGGUGAUGACCAAGUUCCUUAUACAACAUCCCAGUCAUCUUUACUUGCCCUCAAAUCAACUGACAGUGAGACUCCAAGGGAUAUAGCCAGAGAGGUGGAAUCAAAGUCCCCUGGAAUGCCCUUAUUCAAUGCAGAGGAAGGGGUGUUAUCCCGAACUCAGCUGUUUCCUACAGAAGUUAAAGCCAUUAACCCAGAACUGCUAGAGGAACCACCAGCUCUAGCAUUCUUAUAUAAAGAUCUGUACGAAGAAGCAGUUGGGGACAAAAAGAAGGAAGGCGAAACCACCUCUGACAGGGAGAGCCUGAAUUCUGAGGCUUCAUUUCCAAGCAGACAUUCUGAUGCUGAGGAGGGAACUGGAUUGUAUUUCGAGAAAUACAUUCUCAAAGAUGACAUUCUCCAUGAUGCAUCUGGAUAUCAGAAAGACCAAGGCCAACCUCUGGAAGAAAUACCAGUUGGUAAAGAUGACUCAUGCCAACUGAUAGCUGCAGAAGGAGAAGUCUGGGGGAGGUUUGGAACUAUUUCUGGGGAGAGGAGCAUGAAGGAGGAACAGAAAGCUAUGUUCAGUGAAGGGGAAUUUAAAAACAGCAUGGAAAACUCUAAGGAUAAAGAGGUACAGGGGAAAAUGCCCAUUACUGAAGAAGUCCAAUUGGCUUCUCAGAAAAUAAGUUAUGCGGUGCCCUUCCAAGAUACACAUCACAUUCUGGAGAGAGUAGAUGAACCUGGUGGCCAGGAUAAUGAGGAAGAAAAUGCCAUUGCUGAGGCAAGUCAACAUAUCCCAGUAGAAGUGUCUUAUCCAGAAGAAGAAUUUGUGUCAGGUGCAACACCUGUUCCAGAAAGCCUACAAGUAGAGGCUCAAGAACUUGUAGCUCCUGAAAUGAGGGAGGCAAGGCCCUGCAGCAGCCCUGUGCAGGAUGAAUAUGAGUUUGCAGAAUUAAUGAAUUAUGAAGUGGUUACUCAAGAGGAUCUCUUAUCAGAUGACUUGUUGUCUGAAUCCACACCUGAAGAUGCCCUAUCCCAAGGCAAGGAGUCUUUUGAACUUGUCCGUGAAAACGAUGAAUUUGCCAAGGACGCGGAACAAAGGAGGUCUGCUCCACAGAAGGAUUUGGGGUCUGAGGUUGUAGAGCCAGCACAAUUGUUGGCAGAAAUGGAAGGUGCACAGAAAGAAGCAAAAAAAUCCCAGAUCGACACGUAUUGCUACACAUGCAAAUGCCCUAUUUCUGCAAUUGACAAGAUAUUUGGCGCGCACAAAGACCAUGAAGUUGCUGCACUUGACACAGCUAUCAGUGUGGUCAAGAUUCAAUUAGGGGAAUUUCUCGAGAAUUUAAAAGAAAAGUCCCUGAAGAUUGAAGCAUUUGUUACUGAGAUAGAAUCAUUCUUCAAUACUAUUGAGGAAAACUGUAGCAAAAAUGAGAAACGACUUGAAGAACAGAAUGAAGAAAUGAUGAAGAAGGUGCUGGCCCAGUACGAUGAGAAGGCACAGAGCUUUGAGGAGGUGAAGAAGAGAAAAAUGGAAUACCUGCAUGAGCAGAUGGUGAAUUUUCUACAGUCUAUGGAUACCGCCAAGGAGACUCUAGAGACAAUCGUAAAGGAAGCAGAAGAACUUGAUGAGGCUGUUCUCCUGACCUCAUUUAAUGAGAUCAAUGACAGGCUGCUUUCAGCAAUGGAGAGCACAGCUUCUCUAGAAAACAUUCCUACUGCAUUUUCACUUUUUGAGCAUUAUGAAGACAGUUCAACAAGAAGUGACCAGACAUUGAAACAAGUAGCAGUACCACAGCCUCCCAUAUUAGAACCUCAGGAACCCAACUCUGCCACCAGUACGACAAUUACAGUUUAUUGGAGUGUGAGGAAAGAGGACGUCGUUGAAUCUUUCCAGGUCUACUGCAUGGAAGAUCCUCAAGAAGACAGUGAGGCAAAUGAAUUGGUGGAAGAAUAUCGACUUACCGUAAAGGAAAGCUAUUGCCUUUUUGAAGAUCUUGAACCUGGCCGGUGUUACCAAGUAUGGGUGAUGGCUGUCAACUUCACAGGAUGUAGCCUGCCGAGUGAGAGAGCCACUUUCAGAACUGCACCCUCCACCCCGAUAAUUAACGCCGAGGACUGCACAGUGUGUUGGAACACCGCCACCAUACGAUGGAGCUCCGCCAACCCAGGGGCUGCUGAUGCCUACACCCUGGAGUACUGCAGGCAGCAUUCUCCAGAGGGAGAGGGGCUCAGAUCUUACUCUGGAAUUAAAGGAUUUCAGCUAAAAGUUAACCUCCAGCCCAAUGAUAACUACUUUUUCUAUGCAAAAGCUGUGAAUGCUUUUGGGACAAGCGAACAGAGUGAAGCUGCCCUCAUUUCCACCAGAGGAACUAGAUUUCUCCUAUUGAGAGAGACUGCUCACCCUGCACUACAGAUUUCUUCAGAUGGGACAGUAAUCCGCUUUACUGAGAGGAGAAGGCUCACCGAAACUCCAUCUGUCCUGGGUGAACAACUACCUGCCUGUGGCCAACAUUACUGGGAAACCACAGUGACAGAGUGUCCAGCAUAUCGUCUUGGAAUCUGCUCCAGUUCCAACAUGCAUGCCAGUGCCCUGGGACAGGGGGACACCUCUUGGUAUAUGCACUGCUCUGAACCACAGAGGUAUAAAUUUUUCAGCAAUGGCACCGUGAGCAACGUUCAUGUGACUGAACAUCCAGUCAGAGUGGGUAUUCUGCUAGAUUACAGCAACCAGAGACUUUUAUUCAUAAAUGCUGAGAGUGGGCAGUUGCUCUUUACCAUCAGGCACAGAUUCACUGGUGCUGUUCACCCUGCCUUUGCCCUAGAGAAGCCUGGGCAAUUCACCCUGCACCUGGGGAAAGAGCCGCCAGAUUUUUUGAGGCAUAAAUAAGGAUUUGCUUUCAAAGUAGUAUUAUUUGGAAGAGAAGGAAUUCACAUUUAAGGGGUCUGUUCUCCUUUCCAUGGGUCCUGUGCACAUGUGUCCAUACCCACACCCAUAGCUGCUAAUGACAGCAUUACCCAUGAAAAUAAUAACAGCACACAUGGGACAGUGCUAUUUUUCAUUUGUGUGGCCCUGUGUGAGAAGAGAGGAUUAAAUGGCCUCUGCCCAAUGAGCCAUACAUUGUGAUGCAUGCUCAUAAUAAAAUUUUCAAAUAAAGGAUUGGGUUAGACCUGUGGGUCCAAAUGGAGAGAGCUACAUUCAUACAAAAGAAUAACCUCUUCAUUAUUAAGGAAAUAAUUACCUAAUGGACAGUGUGGAAGAAGGAAAAGGGGUAUGAUGAUUUCCCCUAUGAAUGAGUUGCUUCUCCCACUGAAGGAACAGCUAACUCUUUCCACAGGAAAAUAAAGCAUAACAAGUCUCAGGAUGUUGCACCAUGAGACAAUGUGUCCUAGACAUGGAAUGAGACUUCUUACUCUGAUAAUAUGCUAUCUGUUGUAAAAGUUAUAACAAACUAUUGUAUAAUAUUGUAUACUCUUGUACACAAGCCCCUUUUCUUUCAGAAUCAAACUGUAGACACUGCUUAAUAUUAGGAAUCUGCAUUUCUAUAAAUACAUGUGUAGAAAAUACAAAAUAAAAAUGGUAGUCAUGAA